AAUUAAAUUGGUGUAAUCGGUGCAUUAGGCUUAGGUUCUACUUUAGAAAAUUGCACUCAUCUCUCAAAUUUGACACUUAAUCUUAGUGAUAAUUAGAUUAGUGGUUAAGGUGCAUCAGGUUUAGGUUCUGGUCUAGUAAAUUGUACUAAUCUCUCAAAUUUGACACUUUAUCUUAAGUAAAAACAAUUUAUUUGUUUUGGAUU